CAUGAGAGAGAGAGGACGAAGGAAGCUGAUGUGCUGAUGUAUGCUUACGUUUUGACCCGUUGACAUUUUCCCGCCGCCAUACCAAGAUCUUCCUCCUCUUCAUAUUCAACGAACCCGUAUCUGCAAAUCACAUACACACGGGGAGAGAGAGAGAGAGAGAGAGAGAGAGAGAGAGAGAGAUUUAAUCGCAGAAAGGAGACUUCUUUGAAGUUAGCGCACGUUAAAGCCUGCGAUUUUCGUCUCUCUGCUGUUAUCUGUGUUUCUCUGCAGGCAUUGAUAUGGGUAUGGGCUGCUUCUCAUUCUUCAACCGUAAAAGGGACGACAUGUCAGAAGCCGAUGGAGAAAUCACAGUCGCCGAGCCACUCAAUGUCAAAAUCUACUCCUAUAAAGAGCUACGACAUGCCACCGACAAUUUCAGCGUGGAAAACAAGAUCGGAGAAGGCGGAUUCGGGUCAGUAUACAAGGGCCGGCUCAAAGACGGGAAGAUCGCCGCCAUAAAGGUCCUGUCAACUGAAUCAAGACAAGGUGUGAGAGAGUUCUUGACAGAGAUCAAUGUCAUAUCUGAAAUACAACAUGAGAAUCUGGUUGAGUUAUAUGGGUGUUGUGUGGAGGGGAACCACAGAAUUCUUGUUUACAACUAUCUCGAGAACAACAGCCUCGACAAGACCCUUCUCGCUGGAGGUUACAGUUGGAAUGGUAUGCAGUUUGAUUGGAGAACUCGGGUUAGGAUCUGCAUCGGGAUUGCAAAGGGUCUCGCCUUCCUUCACGAGGAAGUACGACCAUACGUUGUCCACAGGGACAUCAAAGCGAGCAAUAUUCUCCUUGACAGAGACUUGUCUCCAAAGAUCUCUGAUUUCGGGUUAGCGAGGCUCAUUCCGCCCAACAUGACUCAUGUCAGCACCCGUGUUGCGGGAACGAUAGGGUAUCUAGCACCAGAGUACGCGAUCCGGGGACAGCUGACAAGAAAGGCGGAUAUUUACAGCUUCGGAGUUCUGAUCAUGGAGAUAGUCAGUGGAAGAUCCAACAAGAAUUCACGGUUGCCUGCUGAAUAUCAAAUUCUUCUAGCAAGAGCUUGGGAACUGUACGAGCGGAACGAACUGGUGGAUCUGGUGGAUUCUGCAUUAAACGGGGAUUUCGACGUGGAAGAAGCUUGUCGGUUCCUGAAAGUAGGGCUCUUGUGCACACAAGACAGUCCCAAGCUGCGACCAUGGAUGUCUUCGGUGGUUAAGUUGCUUACGGGUCGGAGAGAGAUAGAUGACAGCAAGAUUACACGACCUGGAUUGAUGUCAGAUUUCAUGAACGCGCAAGGGAGAGGAACCGAGACAAGAAAACCAGACAGCAUCACCAACCCGUCCUCAUUGUCCAACGCCUCGUCGAGCUCGGGGACCCGAGAUGGCUCUAAUGUGUUUUUAUUAUCUGGGACUGCAGUUGCAAGUGCUGAUACUGCCUUCCUAACCGUUUAGAGAGGAACCCUGCUUGAUCAUAAACCCUAAUCUUGAAUCUGGUGUAGAUGUUUGGAAGAAAUGUUUGAUGUUUCUAUGCGUAUCU